UCCAUACACUUCACAGAUUACUCGAUGUGAUCAGAGUGUCAAUCAUGAUUCCGUCGGUGUUCUUUGUGGUGGCGGUGGUGUUAUCUGGUUCAUACAUAGUGCGAUGCGCUGCGAUAAGUUUAUUUCCAUGUAAUGAAACUACACUCUGUACAGCCAAUGUUAAUUCCACGGUUUGUUAUAAUGGAUUCUGCCACACACAGGCGGGUCAAAAUUGCACAAUACCAUCAACAACGACCACAACAACAGUAUCAUCAGCUGCAACAACAACAGCUCCAUUAAUAUCAGCUGCAAUAACAACAGCAGCAGCAAUAACAACAGCUCCAUCAGCGACACUUGCCAUAACAACAGCACUUACUACGAAUGCAACAGUUGUUGGCCGGAGGAAACGCAGUACAGACCAACAAGAGUGCGUUCUAAACGCAAGUUGUGAGCUGAACGAACAAAAAAUACUGAUGUGCAUGUGCAACACUGGCUACACCGAGGACAAAGGAUUAUGCACAGACAAUGGCGCCGACUUUUUGAGAGGGCUGGCACAUUCAGUUUCCUUGGUGACGACAGUGAUGCUAUAUUUUAUCUAGCAAACCAAUUUGCAAUUUCUUUAGCGGACAAUUUACUUGUUGAUACCAACGCCUUACAUUUGCAAUAUUUUACAUCCAUCUAAACCAUUGUGUUUGUUUUUAAAUAUUUUUAACAUAUCCAAUCGUUUACAUCAAUACACGUUACAACUUAAUUUCUUUCCCAAUAACGAAACAACAACAUAAUCAAACAAGAAAUACCCGUUGAAGUAGUUAACACAAUAUAAACAAACUUCAGCCAACUAAUAUGAUAAACAAUAAUGUCAAAACCAGACAGAAUAAAUCGAGCGCGUGAUUUGCUAAAUAUUGACGCUUUAUCUGACUUUGAAAGUGCGUGUGCCCUGUGUCUACAGAAUAUGUCGACGAGAAUGUACAGAUAUGGGAGUUCCGGUUGUCUGCGCAUGCCUGAUGAAGCCGUAGUGCCGACAAACUGGCAAUGCCAGGUUAACCGGAACAGUGUAGUUUCUUGUAAGCACGUGUACGCCACUUUUGGCCGGAUGCUUUAUUUAGCUAAUAAAAGAGAUGUUCACAA